CCCACCACUCCUUAUUCCUGACUCCACAGCCUCGCCCUCCCCGCGCGGGGCGGCGCGGUCUAGCUGCCGGGCUUGGCAGCGCGCAGGCUGGCCAGCCCCGGAUAGGCGCCGCCCGCAGCCAAUCAGCGAGCCAGGGACGCUGCGCGCUUUAAGGCCGCUGCGGGGAGAACAGAAACCAAGUUCCCCGGCAACGAGCAGCAUCCACCCGGCGGGAGGCUGGGGCCAGAGAGGCCCGAAAGGCUGCGGAGUGAGCCGGCUGCUCCGUGUCCAGCGCCCGCCCCAUUCCUCCUUCUCCUCUUCCUCGGCCGCUCACCCCCAAAUCUCUACUCGCCUUUUCUCCUACGGAAAGCCUAGGGAGAGAGUUAGGAGCAGUUGCACCCUGGUCCCAGUGGCUGCCGCCCCCUCUUUUUCGGCGCUGCUCCCUGCCGCGUGCGCCUGGGCAGUGCGCCCCGGCAGGCCCCAGCCAUGUCGAUGCUGCCGUCGUUCGGCUUUACGCAGGAGCAAGUGGCAUGCGUGUGCGAGGUUCUGCAGCAAGGCGGGAACUUGGAGCGCCUGGGCAGGUUCCUGUGGUCGCUGCCUGCCUGCGACCACCUGCACAAGAACGAAAGCGUGCUCAAGGCCAAGGCCGUGGUCGCUUUCCACCGAGGCAACUUCCGGGAGCUCUACAAGAUCCUGGAGAGCCAUCAGUUCUCGCCUCACAACCACCCCAAGCUGCAACAACUGUGGCUGAAGGCGCAUUACGUGGAAGCUGAGAAGCUGCGUGGCCGACCCCUGGGUGCCGUGGGCAAAUACCGGGUGCGCCGAAAAUUCCCGCUGCCGCGCACCAUCUGGGACGGCGAGGAAACUAGCUACUGCUUCAAGGAGAAGUCGCGGGGCGUGCUGCGGGAGUGGUACGCGCAUAACCCCUACCCCUCGCCGCGUGAGAAACGGGAGCUGGCCGAGGCCACCGGCCUCACCACCACCCAGGUCAGCAACUGGUUUAAGAACCGGAGGCAAAGAGACCGGGCAGCCGAGGCCAAGGAAAGGGAGAACACCGAAAACAAUAACUCCUCCUCCAACAAGCAGAAUCAACUCUCUCCUCUGGAAGGGGGCAAGCCGCUCAUGUCCAGCUCAGAAGAAGAAUUCUCACCUCCCCAAAGUCCAGACCAGAACUCGGUCCUUCUGCUGCAGGGCAAUAUGGGCCACGCCAGGAGUUCAAACUAUUCUCUCCCGGGCUUAACGGCCUCACAGCCCGGGCACGGCCUGCAAGCCCAUCAGCACCAGCUCCAGGACUCCCUGCUGGGCCCCCUCACCUCCAGUCUGGUGGACUUGGGGUCCUAAAUAGGGAGGGACUGGGGCCUUGAAGCAGCAACUAGGGACACUUGUAAAUAGAAAUCAGAACAUUUUUUGCAGCUUGUUUCUGGGGUUCUUUGCGUAUAAAGGAAUGGUGGACUUUCACAAAUAUCCUUUAAAAAAUCAAACCAACAUCGAUCUUUAGCUUAGUUGCCUUCUUCUUUCUGACUGUUUUCACUUUUGCAUUUCUCCUCCCAGUAUAAAGAUCAGGAAAAAAAACCCCAAACAAACAAAAGCACCCAGUCAACUUAGUCUUGGUUCUGGGCAACCUAUGUGCCUGCUUCAGUAGCUUUUCUUUUCUCUUUAUUUCAGUGAAUGGGAAUUACAAAUAAACUGGAUUCUAAUUAUUUCCUUUUAAUUUAUUUAUGUAAAAAUCUUUUGGGUGGAGGAAAAGGAAAUGAAAGAGAUAGAGAUAAAAAGAGAAGAGAUGUCAAAAUAGUGAAAAUAACAGCCUCCAACCUGGGAGGAACUUGUUGUAUUCUUAAGGUGAAUAGGAAAAAUACAAUCUUAUAACUUUUUUUGAUGGGGAAAAGUUAAGUUUACAUUUUUCAUAUUUAGUGUUAAACACUUUUAUGUAGAUUGAAAUGAAAGAACAGUAUUAGGGGGAAAAAUCAAGUGCCUAAAUGUCUUAAUGCUCUCUAUGUGAAACAGUUAGAAGUAGAAGUGACCAUUAGUAAUUGCGACUAUUUUUGUCAAAUUUAGGGGGGAUUUUUGGUUGUUGUUUGUUUUCUUGGUUUUUUUAUGGCAAACUUUGAAAAUGUACCAAUGUGAAAAAACAUUUUCCUGAAUGCCAUUACUUCUCAUGCCCUCGAAGCUUUCGUAUCUGUAGCCUACUCCUACUAAGGAUUUCUUCUGUUCCUAGUUUCUAGGUUGCAAAAAUAUGGGACAAAUCGGGCAACCUGAUAUUUGUUACUAAACCAGCAUGUGUUUUCAGGUUUCUUUUCUAUUGUACCUAAACCGUCUAAAUUAAAAUUUAGUAGAACACCAGGAGUAUGAUUCUGUUUCUGAAAGGUGAGUUGUGUAUUGCUGUUCAUUGGGCUCUUUUAAAAAGAAAAAGUAGUUUUCUUGCCUUCUUUAAUGGUGAUUAUGAUUGCAGGGUAUUUAGGAAGGC